AUGCUGCGAGAGGUUUUUGUAUUCGGUAUUAUUUUGUUGUAUGCGGAAACAAUUCUACAACUAUAUGUCGUGUUUCAAACAACUAUUCCAUUUACAAUAUUUGUGUCAUCUCUAGUGCUUAUUGUGUUAUCUUAUAUCCUCGCCAAUAUCACAUCUUUGGUAUGGAUAUUAAAAAGUGAUCUUCAGAAACCUCCAAUAAACAAAACAGUUUGUGUUGCCUGUCACUGUUUGCAGCUGGGACUAAUUUGGAGACUUCAUAAUUUACGUAGUCAGGGAAUCGAGCGACAAAUUCUGAUAAUACGAUUUAUCCAUUGUGGUAUACAGACUAUUCCGUUUCUCAUACUUCAUGGUGGUGUUGAUCUGCUGCAACUCGUACUCCAAGAUGGUGGCAUCAUCUCCGCUUUAACAUUAUUUAUAUCAUGUUUAUCUUUAUCAAUAUCAUUCAGUUCUUAUUCAUUAAAAUAUUCUUUAGUUAAUUGUGAUGAUUCGGAAAUUCAAAAAUUUGGAAAGCGUUUUACGGGUGUUUUUCUUUUAUGUUUUGGAACGUUUUUGAUGCUGGCUACCCGCAUUGUGACUAUCAUAUUGAUGGCUUCUGUGGUUGUUUAUUGGGCAACUGUUCCUGGUUGGGUCCAUUUUAUACUGGUGUUUUUCACUUUUAUGACAUGUACGAAGGAUAUUACUUGGAAAGUGAAACGCUGUAGUCCAUGGAAUUUGUGUCGUUUUACAGCUUUGUCUUUUUUCCAUGUCUUUGAAAUGAUGGAAUCUAAUUUACGUAUAAUACAAUGUAAAUAUGUGGCGUUUUAUGCCCUGAUAUUAGUGGAGAAUAUAGUUAUGUCAGCUGUGUGGCUUCUGUAUUCUGAUAAAGAUUAUUUAACCAAGUUGAUCACCGUUGUGUUUCUGUUAAUGUGUUUUGUGUGCGCUCUGAUCGCUAAAUAUUCCGGAUGUUAUCUUCUUACCAUCAUAAGUGAAAUAAAACCGACUGUGGCCAAAAGUUCUGUUUACGUUAGCAAAUCAGAGUGCAAAUCUAAGGGAUUAAAGUCUUCCAAGAAAACAAUUUCUAGUCUGCAUCAUACAACAUCAGCAGAAAGUCAAACAACAGAGACCGUCAUAUCACGAUGUACUUCCGGUGGUACCCAGAACACCGAUUUGGAUUACGAGUCUUUCAAUCACGAUUUAAUAUUUCCGCACAUGAAGUCCAGUUUCCAACAAAAAGCAUCGAUUUCAAAGAAACAUAUUUUAAGUGAAACGAAUUCUUUGGUUCGUUUCACUGCGUCAUCAACUCAGAGAUCAAGUCCGUCCAUUCCUGGUACAGCCUUUGUUUCAAGUCUUAAUGAGAGUGAUCAAGAUAUAACAUUGUGUACACCGCGAAAUAACAAACGUGUGACAGGAAGAAGGGGCUUCAAACUGGGAAAUCCCCGACCUUUUACAAUACACGGCGGUAUCUUUCUGGAUGAUUCAUACUUGAAUAGUAGAACGCAUCUCCGAAAUCCAAAUUUACACAAGAGGAUUCAGAGGACACAGAGUAUGUAUGUUGAUGAUACUUGUCGAACACGGACAGUCCUUCCACUCAAUGUCAACAAAUUAACCAAACAUCCGGUAUGGUACACAGAUUCACUUAGUGAUAGUUUUAGUUUACGAUCUGAUGGUGAUGAUGAGGACUAUUAUAAUGACGAGGACACCUCAGUCUCGAAAACAACUUCAUCCAAUACAAAACUGACAUUUUCUUCCAGUGAUCGUGCAAUGUGGAACAGUUCCACUCGACCCUCUUUUGAAAAUCUGGAUCGUCUUCCCACCAAAACUGUUGAAGCAGAUACAAGAAUCAAAUCGUGGCUUUUAGAAACCGUCAACAUCUUUGAUCUUAUACAUGAAAAGACACACGAAGACCACUGGACGAUUCGACGUCUGAACGGUAGAUCAUCAAGUGCCAAAUUCAGCAGUAAGCAAACUGCCGUGGACAAUUCAAAAUCUUUUCAGAGCAGAGAUCAAAUUUGUAGGAAAAAUAGCUUUCAGGAACAUAGGCCUAUAAUUAAACAUUUCAACGUUCCCAUUUCCAAAUAUGGUCCAUGCCGCGAGCAAAACAAACCAAUUACACAAGAUAAUCGUAAAAACGACACCAAAAGACCUUCGCGGCUACACGGACACAAAAAUAGCUUAAAAGAGAUUGAUAAACUGAAACAGUUCAUACAAAGCACCGAAUGUGUUGCCGAACAAUCUGAAUCAGUGCCACCGAAAUUUUAUUUUCAGAAAUAUCGUUUAAAUGAUAGAGAGUCGAAAGAGGUGCUGAAUUCUUCAGGAUUACAGACAUUUCCUCGCCCCUUACAGGCAGAGCAGCAAAUGUUUCAAUCGCAUCAAGCAACACGAGUAAAUAGUCGCCACCAACCUUCAAUAUCUGUAGAAUCUUUGGUGUAA